GCAAUGAGGCGCGCCACAUUGAAAGCUUGCGACAUGCCGCCGAGGCGCUCAGUCGCGCGCCAACUCUCGAGUGGGUUUGUUGCUGCCGCAUCGAGUUCUCCCCUUUACUCCCGAGCUUCACGUAGCGGUCUCCUUCCGUGUGUACUCCGAGUGGGCCAAGAUCGCACGGAGACGUAACCGACUGUGCGCGUGGGCGUGAGUAAGCCGCGUUGACGCGGAGCGGACGACGAAAGUUGAAAUAACGUCCACUGGACGAAAAACGUGUGACCGUCGCGUCCUCGGGAUCUCGGAAUAUAUAAUCCGGGGGGACCAUUGAGUAAGUAUUUGGAACAGUGUCAAAAACCGCGACGCGCGCCUUCGAGAAAACGAGAUCCGUUUGUUAUCCAUGACGGUGGCGGUGUGACGGCGAUAGAUACCGAAGAGUACUCUCUCCUCAUCUCCUGCCGGCUCGUCUUGGACGACGUAGUUACGCGCUACGACGGCCGAAGGAGAGGGAGAUAGUUAGUAAUAGAAGCACACAGAGCGAGGCGAGAACGACAACGCGCAGAUCGACGGUUUCUACGCACAAACGGACGCGGAUUGGUACAGGUGGUCGCGGUGAAGUCGCGAAAGGAUUCCCAUCUGUGAUGUGCGCGUGAGCGAUGGCAUCACCAGUCAUGUACGAUUCGGCGGCCCAUCAGGCACAGGCCCAGGGUACGGCUGAUCUGAAGAAGUCCCAGGUGCUCAACAACAACACCAGCAAUCAGAACAACAAUAACGCCGCGACGAACAAUAACAAUUCCGCGCUGCAGAUCAACCACAAUCACAAUCAUCAGCAGCAGCAGAACAGCGCGGUGGUGAAGCAGGUCUCCGGCAGCAAGGCGAGCUUGCAUCAGCAAUACGCCGAGCAUUGCGCCGCCGCCGGCGAGCUUACCGAUCUCAAUGCCCCCGAGAUUUCGCUGGAUCUCCAAAACCUGAUCGACGACAACCAGUUCGGCGAGGGUUUGCUGGACAUGCUCGGUACCAAUAGCGCCAUGAAGCACGUCAGGACGGGCGGCUAUCCGCGCACGACACUCGCCUACAUGCCGCAGCCGGUGCACAGCGGCGCGACCUACCAUCAGAGCAGCAACAGUUGCAGCGACAGUAACAGCUCGAGUUCGGAGUCGCCCAGUAUCAAGGAAGAACCGUUGGAUCCGACGGACUACAGACGCCACUGCCCUCAGUAUCCGCCCGCCGGUUACAGCCCGGUGACGAACAACCCGUUCGCUAACGGUGGCCAGACCUUCACCACCUUGACGCCGUCCACGAUAUCGGCCGGUCAUCCAGGCGCGCCGGUCCAUCAGCCACCGCCACGGGGUAACCCCAUGAAGGGGCCGGUAAUGGCCCAUCAGCAUCACAACGCCGCGAACGUCGCCAGGAAGCAGACCAAGGCCAUCGACAAGGCGAGCGACGAGUACAGACGACGGCGGGAGAGGAAUAACAUCGCCGUGAGGAAGAGCCGCGAGAAGGCGAAGGUGCGAUCGCGCGAGACCGAGGAGAAGGUCAAGCUGCUGGUGAAAGACAACGAUCAACUGAAGAAAAAGAUCGAAAUCCUCAACGAGGAGCUCAACGUGCUCAGGUCGCUCUUCAACACCGGCAUCAACGUCGGCGUCGUACCUGAGCAACUGCACCGCGAGAUCUCCAGGCAUCUCGACCAGUUCCAGCAGCACGCGUGUGGACCCAUGUAGCAGCAGCAGCAGGAGCAGCAGCAGCAGCAGCAGUGCAGCACAGACAUUGCCGCGCAAUUCGAGAUGACACCGUCUUCCGACGACAUUGUCGUUGACUCGCGUCCCUGGGCUAUCAAGUCGCUCCGAUUGUGAGACGAAGUUAGUCGCGUCUUCCGCUUCCUCCCGCGUCUCCCCGCAACAUCGCGUAUGUACAUCUCCGAGGAGAAGCCGUCUUUCGUUCUCCCCGUUUCCCUCUCGCUUGCUCAUUCUCAUCUUUUUCUAUCUCUCAUUUUCCUCCUCCUUUCGGCUUCUACGUCGUCCUUUAUAUCUCACUCGGCUCGGAGCGGCGCGCGAGGCGAACGCACGUGCAUGCGUGCGUGCGUCGUCGUCGUUGCGUCGAGAGCGCCGUGAAGGCGCGAGCGUGGGAGGAAGAAGGAGGGAGUCGACGAAUCGCGUAGGAGGGCGAGCGAGAAGAGCAAGCUACUCUACGCGAGCUUACGACGACCGAGAAACGUCGGCGUGGUUCACGUAAGAACUUAACAUUUCGUUGAAAGAGAAGUGCAACUGCCCGCGGUACACGAGCAGCCCUUUGCUCCGGAGUGCCGUUUGGACGCUGAAAAAAAAACGCGAAAGGGACGCGAACGUCGAUAAAUAAAAACAAUAAAUGACGUGAGGAAUCAAUCGCGUGAUCCGCAAGCAAGCCAUCGUGUCGCGAUCUCCCGAGAUAAUGUCGAGAA